CAAUACCGGCGAUUCAAAAUGGACGAUGGGCACGCUAAAACAACGAUGACCGGUUUGUGAUCAAGUUUGUGUAAAUUAUCGAAUAGAAUUACAUAAAAACGCCACGAAAUUAUUUCAUGUUUUAUACCACAUUUCGACUAAUAGAUUUAUCGAAAAAACAGUAAGAUGAGUGACAACUUGGAGAAGUUAUACGAAAAGUAUAACAUUUUGUCAGAUGCCAAAGACAAGGUCUCCCAGCAUUCAAGCGAAUAUGUCGAGAGCUUUGAAGGUAUUAAAGGCACCGAAAGCGAGAAAAUGCUGGCAGCACAAAUACUUUCAAAAUUUUUCAAACACUUCCCCUCACUGCAAGAUAAAGCGUUGAAUGCGUUGCUGGACUUGUGUGAAGAUGAGGAGAGCAAGAUUAGAGCUUGUGCCAUGCGGUAUUUGGUUUCAAUUUGCAAGGACGUGAAGGAACAUUUGACUAAAGUCACUGAUAUCCUUGCCCAAAUGAUGCAGUUGGAGGAACAGCGAGACUUCACAACUGCGUCUUGGUGUCUUUUGCAGCUGUGGAAGCAAGACUCUGCUAAUGUUCUUAGGACCAUGUACAAUCAUAUUCGCUCUUUAAGCAGCGCUGCAGCUAGAGUUAAAUGUCUCCAAUUUAUUCACUUGAAGUUUAUCAAGCCCAUUGAAAGCCAGCCGACAGAAAUCGAGAACAUUGUAGUAGAAGAAUCGAAAAAGCUUUUACAAUUGCAGGAUGAUAUUAGCUCUGAGGAAAUCGUGUUGAUAAUAAGUUGCUUAAAAAAUUCAAAAUACGCUAAAACGGCCGCAGGUCAACAAGAACUGUUAGAUUUCAUUUCCGAAAUCAUGGAACUUGACCGGGAUUUUGACCCGCUUGAAGACUGCAUUGUUGACAGGGUCAUUAUUUGCACCACACAUGCUUUACCAUUUUUUUCAGCAAAAAACGAGUCAACAAAAUUCGUGGCUUAUUACUGCGACCAGAUUCUCCCCCAGUGGGACAAAAUCGCCACUCUGGAGCAAGGCGAAUUAUUCCAGCUUCAUCUCCUGCGGCACUUGGCCGAGCUUAGCAUCUAUUGCGGAAAGUUCGAAAACCCCUCCUUGCACGUAGUCCAAAUUUUCGACAAAAUCAAGCUGUACAUGCCAACGCCUCCCGAAAACGCCGAUGUGUACAAAAUGCCCAACUUGGAGUUCUCCUUUGUAGAGUGUUUGUUGUUCGCGUUCCAUCGCUUGGCUCGACAGUGCCCCGAUUUUCUCACUCAUGAUCCCCAAAUAUUGAAAGAUUUCAGAGCAAGACUGGUUUAUUUUUCUAGAGGAGUGCAAGGUUGCAACAAAGUUCUGAACUCGAAGCCGAUCACAGGCCUAGAUUCCGUGAACGCUUCAAAAGCCAAAAUUGCGCCCUCGCUACUCAACAACAUCAACGUUUUGAUCAAAGACUUGUUCUACCAGCCCCCAAUGUACAAAUGUAACGUCACGCUUUCUUUCAAGCAGGAGGUUGUGGAAAAGGAAUUGAGGAAACCGGCCACAAGUGGGCAAAAAAGACAUGUGCCUAUCACGUUCGAUAAUGGCUCUACAGGGACUAAACAGACCCGACCGGCUCGUUCGGGCGACAACGUUAAAUUGUAUACACCACCUAGUGGAAAGUUUAGUAAUAACUUCCAAUACGAUCGUGGGGGUUCACGAGGUAACAGGUCGAGAGGCCGUGGCUCCCGAGGAAGGGGCAGAAAUUGGAGAAAUUAAUUUCAAUCACCCUUCUAACAGUAUUGCAGAAAUGCAAUUCAAAUCAUUAUGUUCAAUGCUUAUUAGUAAGUUAUCAAAACAAUACACAACCCGCUUGUGUUGUAAAUACCCUAGAUCUUAUUUUUUUUAAUUAGUUCAAGUUAAAACGUGUGCUGGUUUUAAUAGUUUGUGUAAAACCUCUAGAAAUUUAACAGAAUAUGUUUUCUAUUGUCUUAGAGUUCAAUAAAACAUUUGGAAAACUAA